UUCCAUUAUUACCAUACACAAGAAAAAACAUCACCGAAGCUUCAGUCCUCAACAAUGGCUUGCCAUCUACGGUCGGCGAGCACGCCCUCCAGCCCUCGCUCCAACAACACACAAGUUGAGCAACAGCUCCAGAGCCUCAGCGCAACCAUCUCUUCGCCCUUGGCAACCAUCGAUACGAUGUGCCAUGGUUUGAGGAGGCUGGCAGACAUCUACAGCUGCAUCGACAAGAUGAUGUGCACACCAAGCAGCCAAGCCAGCCUUUGCCACACCCUGCAAAGGGUGGCAGUGGAGGCAGAGCUCGGACGGUCCCUCAUCGUGCUCGAUCUCUGCAACGCCAUGCAGGAGACCUUCAUGGAAUUGAAGAUGACUAUCCAAGAGCUCUUGUUGUCCCUCAAGAGAGGAGACGACGUGUCUGCUCAAGUCAAGGCAUACGCCAGGCUAGCCAAGAAAGCUCAAAAGCAGUUCAAGAAGAUCAGCAAGAAGACUGCUUCCGAUAAGAAUGACUCCAGGGUGGUCAUGCUAAUGGCAGAAGCAAGAAAGAUCACCAUUUCACUGCUUGAAUCCACGUCCUCAGUCUUGUCCAAGCAAAUUGAGAUGCCCAAGUGGUCUCUUGUCUCCAAAACAUUGCACAAGAGCAAAACCGUGUGCGAAGAGGAGCAAUUGCAAGCGCUGGAGCGCAGUAUCGGAGAUCUUGAGAGCGGAGUGGAACUUCUGUACAGGAGAUUGAUCCAGAACAGAGUUUCUCUUCUCAACGCUCUUAGGCCUUUUUUGGUUCAUAGGGUAGAAAAAUCAUAGGAAUAGAAAAGUCAUAGGAAAUGAGAUGACAUGUAUCUCAAAUCUUAUAAGUAUGAAUAGGAAAGGAGAUGCUCUUUGAUUCACAUCAUAGGAUUUUUUCCAUUGAGUCUAGGCUAAUGUUUAUUUUCCUAUGAAAUGUGGAGGAUAGGAAGAAUUCCUCCACAGGAAUA